ACUGAAUCAAUGAAAGUGCGACGAACAACGGCGCUCCACGUGAAUUGGUGUGAAAAUGGCGGCGCAUCAGGAGCUUGAGAUACAGUUGGCACAAAAGUUAGCGUCAAACGAAAAGCCUAUUCGAACUAAAGCUUUGAAAAAGUUGAAGAAGUACAUAUAUGUCAGAUCACAGAAAGCGACAGAUGGCUUUACUCGUGAAGAAAUGCUCAAGCUGUGGAAAGGUCUGUUCUACUGCUUGUGGAUGCAGGACAAACCGCUCUUACAGGAGGAGCUUUCAAACUCUGUUUCCACACUGAUUCACACUUUUCAUGACGUUAAUGGACAACUAUUAUAUCUGGAGUGCUCCCUUAAGACCUUCAAAAGAGAGUGGAAUGGUAUCGACAGACUGCGAAUGGACAAGUAUUUUCAGCUAAUCCGCUUCAUGUUCAGACAAGGCUUUGAAAUGCUGAAGAGUAAAAACUGGGAUAGCAGUGUGGUUGCAAGAUUUCUAGAACUCUUUGCCACAGAGCUCCUGAACAGUGGCAAUGAUGCACCCGCUAGUCUGCAGCUUCAUAUCUUGGACCUUUUCUUGACAGAACUGGCAGCUGUGGGUUCAUCAGAGCUCUCUGCUGAGCAGAACCUGAGAUUCAUAGAGCCAUUCUGCAAAACAGCAACCAAAACCAAAGAUUGGACACUUUUCCGAGCCAUCUGCAACAGCAUUUUCAGCACGAUUAUUGACCAGGCUCCCUAUGCCAUUGAAGAUCUGCUGAAGGAGCUGAAAGCAGAGUCCUCUGAUGCAGGUCGUGAAUUAUACGCUGAACAAGACAAUCAUGGAUCAGGAGACUCAGACACUGAGUUACCAUUUGAUGACGAUAAUGUACUACCAGUUCUACAGUUCGACUAUGCAGCUCUUGCUGACAAGUUGUUAGCGAUGUCAAGUCAAAGUCGUACACCCAGCCAGAAUAGACAGAAAAUCUACAAAAUCAUCAAAGUGCUGCAGGAUCUCAAUGAAGGCAUAUUUCCUCAAGAUGGCUAUCCUGAGGAAGUCUCAACAGAUGAGGAUGAUGAAAUGUUUGGCAGCAGAAAUAAGAUAAAGCGUGGAAGUAAGGGAAGCAUUUAA